AUGGCUUCGGGCUUGCAUGGGCAAUUUCAGACAUCGCAAAUACGCGCUUUCUGUCUAUUCGCCACGCAUUUUCAUGAGCUCACUGCUCUAGAUCAAGAGCUUUCCCAUGUCAAAAAUCUUCACGUCGUUGCUCAUGUCACGCAAGGAGACGACGAGGUAGCGUCGCUGAACCAAGACAUUACUCUACUAUAUAAAGUAGAACCUGGUGUCUCUGACCAGAGCUUUGGGAUACACGUUGCUAAGCUGGCCAAUUUCCCCGAGAAUGUCGUAAAACUCGCCAAACGCAAGGCAGAUGAACUAGAGGAUUUUGGCACAGAUAAAGUUCAGACUGAACCCCAGUUCUCUCCUGCGGUAACCGAAAAUGGCAUAAAGAUCAUAGAGGAACUACUACAAAAUUGGGCGAGCAAAACCUCAGAACCCGAUGGCGACGUGAUCAUGUCAGAUGAUUCAACCUCAGCAGCGCAACUAGAAGAGCUUAGGCAAUGUGUCGAAAAAUAUCGACCACAGAUAGAAAACAACCCAUGGAUACAGUCGUUAAUCACUUCCUUGUAA